AUGUCGAGUCUAACCGUUGGCUCGCCCAUCCAACGCUCCACGUCUUCGCAAUACGCUGGCUCUACCAUAUCCCUCGCGGCGAGCCGCCAAAACUCCAACAUUGACGGCCAGGGCGGUGUUGCUGUCAUCAAGGAAGGCAUUGCACAGGUGAAGGAGAGCAAGAACUUCAUCCAGCCAUGGAAGCAGAAGUUUCUGGUCUUGCGGAAGGAGGCGCUCGAUUUCCACAAGGUCGAGGGCGGUAAAGUCUCUUACACCCUGCAUCUCAAGGAUGUCAUCAAUGUCGGCCGCGUCGAGGCCGCGGGCACCAUCUUUGAGAUCAAACGCCACUCCAACGGAUCGUCUACAAGCCCAGGCGACGACGAUGGCUCUACCCGAACACUCCAGAUCCGCGUCAAGAGCGACGAUGACCUGUACGAGUGGAUUGAUUUCAUUUACGCACGCUGUCCCGGCAUGGGCGGCGUGAGCAAUCCCACCAACUUCUCCCAUGCCGUCCACGUUGGCUUCGACCCAAAGACCGGCGAGUUCGUUGGCCUGCCGCCCGAAUGGUCUAAGCUGCUCAACUCCUCUGCCAUCACAAAAGAAGACUACGAGCGCAACCCACAGGCCGUCUUCGAGGUCUUGGACUUUUACUCUGAUCUCACAAAGCGCGCUGAAAACCCGACUGAAUUCUCCAGCUUGACGCCCACUGGGCCGUCAGGCGGCAUGCAGAGCAACCAGUAUGUGGGCGGCACCUCUGUUGCGCCGCCUCGGCCACUUCAUCCCUCCCAGGUUGCACAAAAUGUACAAUCAAUGCAGAACCGCAACCCGAACAGCGGCUAUCCCACGCCAUCGCCCUCUAGCUCGCCCGGAUCCAGCUCCCAGCAGCGUCCCUUGCCCGCGGAGUCGCAGCAGCAGAGGCAGCAGAUGCAGGGCAUGGCCUCCAACUACAACAGCGGCGUCUCUUCCCAGGAAGAGCUGCAGCGCCAGAAGCAGCAACAGUACGAAGCGGCACAACGGCAACGCAUGGUGGAGAUUGAGGAGCAAAACCGAAAGGACCUGGAAGCUUACAACGCAUCCUUGCCCAAGACGAAGACCUCUCUCGCACAGCAAGAGCUCGGUGGCUACUCUGGCAGCUCAUCUAUUCCCGCAACCGACCGCUUUAACCCGAGCCGUGCCGCUCCGCCAGCUCCCAAAUCCGCUCAGGCAGCCGCGUCUAGUCUUCGUGCCCAACGCCCGGCUCCGCCGCCACCGUCGAGCGCCGGCGCUGCCGCACGCCCUGCCGCGCCUCAGUCUUCAUCGGGACAGAACAGCCAGGCAUCACGGAUGCAGACACGCCCGGACCAGGCACAGACGUCGGCUUCGGCAGGUGCUUCUGCACAGCGCUAUCCGAAUGGCAGCCAAGCAGCUGGCGGUGUCCCUCGCAGCAAUGGCCAGCCGCAAGGCCAGUCGCAAGUCCAGUCGCAAAACCAGCAGUCUUCUCGCCUGCCAGCGCCCGUCAAGCCACUGAACGUCGGACCGAAGGCCGUACCACAGAGCGACAGCGUGAAAGCUGCCGAAGCUGCUCUGACCGCCAAGCCGCCUCCGGAGCGCAAGGCGGAUGUUCGCAUGUCGACCAUGUCAGAGGGCGAGGUCAUGGCCAAGCUGAAAGAGGCCGUAUCCAAGGACGACCCGAACUUGUCUUACUCCAAGCAAAAGAAGAUCGGCCAGGGUGCCUCUGGCUCUGUGUAUGUGGCUAAGGUCAAGGAAACUGCCGUGUCUCCUGUUGCCCGCGCGGUUUUGCGUGAGCAAGGUGCCAGGGCCCAGGUUGCCAUUAAGCAGAUGGAUCUCGCCCACCAGCCGAGAAAGGAGCUCAUCGUCAACGAAAUCAUGGUGAUGAAGGACAGCAAGCAUCGUAAUAUUGUCAAUUUCCUCGAUGCUUUCCUUCGCAACAACAACUCGGAGCUUUGGGUGGUUAUGGAGUUCAUGGAGGGUGGUGCCUUGACAGACGUUAUUGACAACAACCCCGUCAUCACGGAAGACCAGAUUUCGACUAUCUGCCUCGAGACAUGCCGUGGUCUUCAACACCUGCAUUCUCAAAACAUCAUCCAUCGUGACAUCAAGAGCGACAACGUUCUUCUAGAUGCUCGUGGAAACGUCAAGAUCACCGAUUUUGGCUUCUGUGCCAAGCUCACCGAGACGAAAUCCAAGCGGGCGACUAUGGUCGGUACCCCGUACUGGAUGGCGCCCGAGGUUGUCAAGCAGAAGGAAUAUGGCCCCAAGGUCGACAUCUGGUCUCUGGGCAUCAUGGCCAUUGAGAUGAUUGAAUCGGAACCUCCUUACCUCAACGAGGAGCCUCUCAAGGCGCUGUAUCUGAUCGCUACUAACGGGACACCACGACUUAAGAAGCCAGAGAAGCUGAGCAAGGAGCUCAAGGCAUUCUUGUCUGUCUGUCUCUGCGUCGAUGUGAAGAGCCGGGCUUCGGCGCGGGAACUGUUGGAGCAUGACUUCCUGAAACAUGGCUGCCCACUUGGCAGCCUCGCCGAGCUGCUCGCCUUUAAGAAGCAUGCCAAGUGA